UCGAUUUAUGAUUCCAUCAAAACACAAACGUUUGUGGCUGAAAAUCUAAAGACUAAAGCAAUCAAUAGUAUGAUCAGACAAGCGAUUCCAGAAUCAAUGUUCUCGGAAAUAUCAAAAUUGAGAAAG